AUCAUUAUUAUAACGGUCUUCAGAGACACAGAAGCACUCUUGCUCGUCGUGUGAGUUUUUCACGUCUCCAAAGAUGAACAGAAUUAUCCUCCAGAUCUUUGCAGUUGGAUUCUGCUUUGCAGUCGGUCACGCUCUGCAGUGCUACAAAUGCAGCCUUGGCUUCUGGAAUGUGUGCAUAACCUCUAAAACCACAUGUGAAAGCGGAGAACAGUGCUUCAGUGGUAUCGGGACAGCAGCUGGGUUUGUGAAUAUCUCCAUGAAGGGCUGCCUAAAAUUGGCUGAAUGCAACACGACCAAAGACGUGACCUUCCCCGGCAGCGACCCCAACUCCACCUCCGUCUACUCCAUGACAAAGACUUGCUGCAACACUGAGCUAUGCAACACUGCGCCAGGUCUGCCCGGCUCCUCUGGGCUGAGCCUGACUCUGGCCACCGUCACUGCUCUGUUUGUGGCCAACGUCCUGGUUUGACAAAACAAAUGAUAAAGGAUGACAGAGUACAAACACAUAAAAAAACACACACAUGGGUCUUGAGUUUACUUUCCUUGAGGUGUAUUGUUCCUUUUUGUUUAACACAUGCAUAUCAGAUUUACUCUUCCUUUUUUAUAUUUGUGGAUUAAUCAGUGGCCCAUCCCUCCUUCUUUGAAGGAGAAAUUAAAUAAUAAGUAGACAGUUUGAGGUGUUGCACAACUUUGACACCAUGGAUCAAUUAGAAUUCAAAUUGUUUAAAGUGUACUGGAUCAGUUUCCUCUUUACAAAUGCCGUGGGUGUCACCAGCUGAAUCGCAUGUAAGGCAUGACCUCUUAUGUAACAGGUUUUGUUGGUUUGUAAGUCUUAUCAUGGUUUUGAUUUAAAACAAAUGGACUUGCACGUUUAAGUUUUACUUUCUCACAAAGAGUAGGAUUACUACAGAAUUAGAUUUACUGUCAGUUUAGCUUGGCAAAUUCACUGGGAACAUGAAAACCGCUAGCCUUGCCAUGUCUGAAACUUUGAAAUAACUUCUCCACUUAGCACUUUAAGCUAUUAUAAAUGUUUUCAGAGUGGCAGUAAAUGUACUUCUAAGGCUAGCUCUGUCUUGUGUUUAAGCUAACCUGAUUAAUAGUUUUCACGUCACAAUAGUUUAACCACCCUCUAGUGGGCAAGUAUAAAUUCCUGCUGCUGCAUGCCAUGGAAAAGUUGGCAGUCUUGGUUUGUCGUUUAUCUUAUUUAACCAGUUAUUUUAGCGUUUACAUAAAAGAUGGUGUGUGUCAAAUGGAUGUACCAACCAAGAAGGAGGCAUGUACUGAAUCCCAUUUCUGACAGAAGCCCAUAGAGAAGUAAACAACAGAUUAUUGCGGUUUAAAGCACAGGUUUUUCUACAGACAGUAGCCAAACAGACUCCACCCAAUCCUGACAUAAACAUUGUCCUGAUUUGAUGAAAAUAUGAGUCUUCUGUAACGGUACUGCACUAAAUCAGUGAUUGAAAGUGACAGCUGACAGUGAUCCUGAUACUGCCAUUAGCUAAUGAUGAGUAGCUAAUGUUAGCACUCACCUAUGCUUCCCAAACAGCAGCAUUAUUGACCCAGACACAUCAAGAAUACAUAGAGCUGCCUCUGCUUAUGUAGGCCUCAUCCUGGCAGGGGUAUGAGAGGAAAGAUCUCCACUACAGCAGACAUAUCGUUAUGUAAACUUCACCAAAGUGAACUUCUGGUGAGGACUUUUCUGAGUUUAUUGAUUUACAUAGAAUCACAGCUGCUGUUAAAGGGCUCAGAGUGACCAAUACUUGGACUUAAAGUCACAAUGUUACAAUGCAUGUAUGCUUUUAUCCAAAGUGACAUCCAAAGUUGAUGCUUUUCUGCAGUUGUCACUAGAUGUAAAUGUGCAGCAUUUUGAAGGGAUGGGAAUUUAGGAUGUUGUUUAGUAGUCAGUAGUAGCUCCCACUGUCUUAAACUCCUUCUGCCCUCCUGGCCUCUGUGCCAGUCUCAUGAUUUGAAAGCUAUGAAUAGACUUCUAGGUUUAGCUCCACGAUAAAGAUGCACACAAAGAGGGGAGUAAAGACACUUCUCAAAACUGUAAAUUGUCCCUUGAAUUUCUUGACCUUGCCCUGUUGUAGUUCCAUUUUAGAGACCCAUGACUCAAAUACUUAUGAACAUUUAUAUUCCUAAUCAUUUGAUGUAUUGCCUUUUAAUCUGUGUUCACUUUGUAAAGCUAUCAUCAUGUAAAACUGUCUCUCGCCUUUUGCUUGUACUGUCUGUUUUUUCUCUUAUUCUGACACAAAUAUCCAUGAUUUUGUUUUGUUUUGUUUUUUCCCCCUUUUUUUUUUUUUGCUUAAUUUACUUUUGGACUUCAUGUCACAUUUACACAGCACAUUAAUUCCUGAUUGUUGGGUAAAAGCUUUUGUUAACUUACUAUUUUUGAAUGUAUAUAAAACUGCGGGGAGGAAGAUUUACCUGGGCCAUGUUGUUUGCAGUUAUGGAAAUGCAAUCAACAUUGCAGCAUUCUGGGAAAAGUCUAAAUUUAUGAUUCCUGAAACCAAAACUUUUGGCACCGUUUCCUAAACAGAAAUGUGUUUCUGAAUGUCUUUGUGAAAUUGGGAAUGUAGAGAAUUUGAAGAAUGCAAUAAAGAUAUAUAAAUGGUAAGAAAAAAA